CUCCAUUCUCUGUGAAGCUGUUGAUACAGAAAAAAUAAGACAGAUCAAGGAUCAUGGCAAGAACCAAGCAGACCGCCCGUAAAUCCACCGGAGGAAAGGCUCCCAGGAAGCAGCUGGCCACCAAGGCUGCCCGUAAGAGCGCACCCGCUACCGGCGGUGUGAAGAAGCCUCACCGUUACAGGCCCGGUACCGUGGCUCUCAGGGAGAUCCGUCGCUACCAGAAAUCCACCGAGCUGCUGAUCCGCAAGCUGCCCUUCCAGCGUCUGGUCAGGGAGAUCGCUCAGGACUUCAAGACCGACCUGCGCUUCCAGAGCUCCGCCGUCAUGGCUCUGCAGGAGGCCAGCGAGGCUUACCUGGUCGGGCUCUUCGAGGACACCAACCUGUGCGCCAUCCACGCCAAGAGGGUCACCAUCAUGCCCAAAGACAUCCAGCUGGCCCGGCGCAUCCGCGGAGAGAGGGCUUAGACUCACUCACUCCCCCCGAAACCCCACAACACAACGGCUCUUUUAAGAGCCACCAACACCAACUCAAACAGCAGCAUGACCUAAACGUCGGUAUCGACUGCUAUUGACCCUCAUUGUAAAGUUGCUUUCCAUAAAUUGUGUUUGCUUGAAACACAAAGUAUUUGACUCGAUCCAAUGGGAUUAAUAAAGUACUUGUGUUGCAUCAGUACAACAGGCUUCUCGCGAUUACACUGAAAAGCGUUCAAAAAACCACUUCCAGUGCCAUCUGGUGGUCAUAUGCAACUAUAGCAGCAACUAACGAUUAAAGGAAGGUCUAUAUUCCGGUUUACUAGUAAAACAAUUGGUCUGUUACUUGAAAUGUGGCUCAGAUUUGUUGUUGAGGACUAAUGAAGCAGGGAGCCAUCAGCGCUGGCCCAGAAUGUAAAGGAUUAUAACUCAUUACUGAGAGUAUGACAUUUAUUUUACUGCUAAAGUAUAUUUCAGCUGAUUUGUUAUUUUAUUUUAAAAAGUCUUAUUUGCUAUAUCCUGUUGAACCGGUUGUGCAGACAAGUCAAGGUGGUGUUCAGAAUUAACGGGAGACUUUGAAGGAAUACUAGCGCCAGUCAACAAGAGGAAUAAGGUAACUUAGAUUAAUUGAGAUGUUAAUUAGAACGUAGCAGCAUCUGGUAAUGAAAUGUAGCCUAAUGUUUGUUUCCUGUUUGUCUUUUAUUCAGUUAUUAAACCACUGAUUGACCAUUAGUCGAGACUUCUUACACUUUUAUUGACUGCGACGCUACAAUUUCAAUGUUUCUCUAUAUAUUUCAGUCAUUUUUUUGUAUAAUAUUUUAAUAUAAUUUCUGUUAAAUUAUUGUUUCUUUUAUGUGUUCUUGUCCAAUUACAUGCUGCUGUGACCAGGACACAAGUCUUAUCUACUAUAAUAUACUUAUUAUAUCAUCAAUAAAAAGAAACAAACUCA